UUUCAAAUUGAAAAUUUAAACAUGGAAUUUAAACAUGGAAUAUUUGCAAUAAUCAUCACCUGUGGUGAGAGAAACAGAAUGAACCUUUCAGAUUCAAUGCCCUUUCAUCAGAACUAAGAACUGUUAAAAAAUCAACGAAUUUCGUUGUAAAGAUGGGGUGGGGUGGGGUGGAGAGAACAAUGACAAUGUCUGUGAUGGAACGAAGAACACGAAAGAUUGAAGGAUGGAGAGUGGUGAAAGCUUGGAUGACCUUUCUGACUUCAGAGUGAAGAAAGGUCCCGACGUGAAACGUCGCCUGUCCAUAUCCCUCACCAGAUGCUGCCUGGCCCUCUAAGUUCUCGCAGCAGUUUUGUGUUUUGCUCAAGAUUCCACCACCUGCAGUUCCUUGUAUUUCCAGUUUGAACGAUCUAAAGUUCCCAAAUCUCUUCCCACGUGAAGCAACAACUUACCUGCAAGUUUCUUUAUCCCAGUUUGUCAGAUGCCCUACUUACGUUUCUGUGAUUUAUUUUACUUGUUUUCAGACAAAACUGAAAACCUUUUCGGAAUCAUUAUUGUUUGUGUUUUUUAAUGGAGAUCUAGCUCUGUUACUGUGCAAAUUUUCGAUCCGUGCAUUCUGGUAUAAUCUCAUGUCCCUGGGUCAUAAGUAUAUAGUUUCCCUCAAGUCGUUAACCGAUUGCCGCCCACCACCAUGGUGAUGAUUCAGCCGCAUGAGGUGAAUGAUUUGGGGAGAUCUGACCGCUGUUUUUCAUGGGCAGUCAUGGUUUUUUUAAAAUUAAACUAAUCACAUGAUUGGAAAGGGCUGAUGAGGGGUGGGGUUGCACCAGGAAUGUAGUUACAGUGGUUACUGUCGAUUUCUGCAGUGUACACGCCAGUAUCUCUGCGCGGAGUCCAGUGAAGGUGUUAAUCUCCGGACCUCAAAUCGCCAUGAAGAGUUACUUCUUAAUUCUGUUUGGAUUCAUUUUCCUAGUCGCGGUCAUCGAACCAGCUGCGAGCAAGCGUUUCCGAGAUAUAUUCACUCAUAGCAGUAAGUUAUCGUCCUCACGGCGUCCUGGCCAACUUGCUGGAUGGCGCUCCAACCAAAUUGCCUGGAAUGAGCAACUCUACCCGUACUGGGAAAAGAAUGAUGUCCGAUGGAAAAGCUGCUGGAAAGGAGGAAAGGUUGUAGCCCACCUGGGGAAUGAUGGGCCCACUCUGGUCAGAUCAAAUGUGACCUUCAGUCUGGUUCUGAAACUACCAAGCUGUCAAAAGGAAGAUGAUAGUGGUGAUAUUGUUUAUGAUUUAAAUUGUAAAAAUGUAUCAUCAUUCUUUCGGGGUCAAUAUGUGUACAACUGGACCUCCUGGAUUGCAGACUAUGAUUGGUUUAACUGCACCAAGUUUUUUAAAUGUGAUGUCUUCCCAGAUGGUCAAUUGUUUCCCAAACAAUUGGACAGAAAACGUAGAAACUUUGUUUAUAUUUGGCACACACAAGGCCAAUAUUAUCAAAGUACUGGGGGUACCAGUAUGACUCUUUCAAUCAAUACCACCAACAUGAUCCUUGGUGACCAUAUGAUGGAAGUGUCUGUCUAUCGAAGAGAUCAUCACAGACGUAAAUACAUUCCCAUUGCAACAGCAAGUGACCCAUACACUGUUACAGAUCGCCUUCCAAUUUAUGUGCAGAUUUCACAAAAAGACAAGCGUACUACCACUGAUAAUGUUUACAUUAAGGAUUUAAAUGUCAUCUUUGAUGUUAAAAUCAAUGAUCCCAGCAAUUAUUUGAAAAAUGCUGCCAUCUCCUACAGUUGGAAGUUUGGUGAUGGGCCUGAAACAUUAUCCAAAAACCCAACAGUUAUUCACAACUAUACUAAGACAGGGCAUUUCAACCCCAAGUUGAUUGUCAAAGCAAUCAUCCCUGUUCCCUGCAAUUCUAUACCAACUACACCGAGUCCCUUCACUGAAUCAACAACCAGAACUGAACAGACCUCCACAACUGAAUCAACUACUGCAAUUAUGCCAACUACUACACCUAAACUGCCCACUACAACCAAAACAAUCACUACCACAACUCAACCAACCACAACAAAAUUUACAACCAUGACCGAACUGUCCACUACCCCUGAAACAACCACUAUAAUAAAAUUGACCACCACAAAUGAACCAUCGUCUACACCUGAACUGACCACCACAACUGAAUCGAGCACCACUGCUGAAUGGAGCUCUGCAACUACUUUGAGCCCUGCUACUAGUCCCACAAAUGGUUCCUCAACAACCAAUGGUACAAACAGUCCACUGCAGCUGGUGAAAAGAGAGGCUUCUUCUUUUGGCUGUAACCUCUACAGAUAUGGCUCCUUUGAAACAAAUUGUUCUUUGUUAGAUGGAAUUGGUGCAGACAGCAUUGCUGGGAUGACCAACAUUCAAAUCUCUACAGACUUUCAACAGAACUCCGUGAUGGAUUUUGUGGUCACUUGUAAGGGCAGUAUACCUACUGAUGUCUGCACUAUGAUUGCGGAUCCUACCUGCAUGGUGCCGAAGAGCAUCAUUUGUGAUCCUGUGGUGGCUGCUGACACUUGCAACCUGACCUUUCGCAGAAGCUUCAAUGCAUCUGGUAUCUAUUGUGUGAACAUCACAUUGAAGGAUAGUACCAGUUUAGCUGUUGUUAGUACCCUUGUAUCCAUUGGAGAUUCCAGCAGGAUUGGUACAGGUAUGCAAGGUGUCUUAAUAUUUGGCACUUGCGUAUUGGUUCUUAUUAUUGGUGUGGCCAGUUUCCUUUACAAGCGUUACAAAGAAUAUACACAGAUUGGUCAACAAGUUAAGAGCAGAAGUAAACAACUGGUGGUGAACAGUAGCAAUGCUAGUGUGCACUUCAGUACACAGAAUACCACGCUCUUCUUUGUGAAUGAUGAGAAGAGCCCACUAUUGAAAAAAACUGCAUUAGUCUAGUCAUCGGUUGAUUUAAGAUGGAUGCUUCACAAUAAUCUGCUUUGUGUUUGGUUAUUCAUAUUGCUUAAGCAACAUUUGAAUAUAUUAACAUUGUAUUGCAUUACUAUCUCCUCCUUAAGAGUAGAUGCUUGAAAUCCAAUUGUCUGCCUGCUUCCACUGCCUAAAGGUAGACAACUAUCUGCAUUUACAAAUUUUUGAUCAAUGUUCAACUUUUUAUUUUGACUGUAUUUUUCUCUUAUUUUUCUCUUUAAGAAAUAGUAAAAUUUACUCCAUUCUGCCACAAAGUAAGAUUUUACUUAGUAACAUAGUUGGUAAAAUGACAGUUCUGUUUUAUUAGUUAUAAUUGUUAGAAAUGGAUUGCAAUUUUUAUCCACGAGUAUUAGCUCUACUCAAUAACAAAAAAUCUGUAGCCUCCCUUUGAUCUGGUAUUUUGUUGGUUCACAUGCUUGAUCAAUGGUGUUUUAUCAUGAAUGUUUUAUUAUUAUUAAUGGUUAGUGUUGAUUGAGUCAUUCGUAACUGUCACCAUGUCAUGUUGUUACUUGUGGGCGGAGCACCAAGGCAAAUUCCUUGUAUGUGAAUACUUGGCCAAUAAACUUAUUUGCUUACUUACUUACAAUUACCAAAUUUCCAAUGACACCACAAUAUUUCUUGUGUUCAAUACCCAUAAACAAGAAAUGUUUUGAAAAGUUCUUCUGCUGAAUCAACAGAUUUCUUUCUAACCGUUUGUAUAUAAGGCUACCUUCCUUCACAAUGAAAUGCCUGGUAAACUAACAAUGUUUACAUCUUUCAGGCUGCUGUUCAAAUAUUUUGCAGCGGAUAAUGGCAAAUAUACAAAUGUAAGAAUAAAUAGUUAAAAAAUCCUUGGAGUGGUUUUGUCUUGUACUAGAUUGCAGAGUGGGAAGAAGACUACAAAUAUGGCCAUGGAAGUCAGAAACAGUCAACAUUCUGACUGAUUUCUGUCCUUGGGGAAAAAUUCAAAUGGUGAGAUGCUUUGGAGAGGUAAGUCCUUAAUCUUCUGCCUGCCUCCGUCAUUACACCUACAAGGAGUUGGGAUAUUCCAAUGUACCCUGGAAUUUCUUCAUAGUAGUGAAAUACUACUAGUGAGACCACAGCUGGAGUAUUGUGUGCAGUUUUGGUCCUCUAAUUUAAGGAAGGACUGUCAUAUGCUGAGAGAAUGGAGCGGUUGGGCUUGUAUACUCUGGAGUUUAGAAGGAUACCACAAAUAAUGAAAGGUCUGGAUAGUGGAUUUGGAGGAUGCUCCCACCAAUGGGAGAGUCUAGGACCAGUCAUAGCUUCACAAUUAAAGGGCAUUCAUUUUUAAAUCUCACUUUGUCAUGAAUUUAUAUGAAAAAUGGAAGGAAUUUCAUGUUUAAUUCCCAUAAAUUAAUCCAGAAACAUCCUCUCUCAAGAUAAUCAAAAUCAUUAUUUUUUGCACAAUACAUCUGACUAAAACUAUACUGUGGAUAUUUAGUAUGAAAAUAUUUGUCAUGGAUAGACAAUAACACAAAAUAUAGAUGAUUUGGAUGUUAUGACAUGAUUGUGCAAAAAAAUAAUGAAUUUGAUCAUCUUGAGUGGAUGUUUCUGGAAAGCGAUCAAUUGGAAUGUUGCCAUUGCCAUAAAUGUUAAGCCCAUAUCAACAGGCAAGACAUGGCUUAUUCGUAUAGGGCCAAAAUAACAUUUUCGCUUCAUAAGAUUAGAACGAAGCCACACCAAAAAGCAAGAUAAUAUGUUAAAUAAACAACAUACCUUUUGUUUUAUCCUGAUAUUGCGAUCCGUGAUGUUGAAGGCGAUGGAGGCGUUAAAUUUCGUUGUACAUGGUUCAUGUUACAAUGAC